CAAAGCUACCUAGAAAAAAGGAAUAAAUAAUUCCAAUCCUUUUUUCCAAACAAAAAAAACCAACCCAAUCCCCACCAACUACACGAAAUCAAACUCCCUUUCAAACGCUGCAAAUUCCCCAAAAAAACAACAAAAUUCCUCCUCCAUCUGCAACGAUGAUGCACAUGACCUUCUACUGGGGCCGAAGCGUCACCAUCCUCUUCGAUUCAUGGCAGACCAAUUCCUGGCCGGGCUACUUCCUCUCUCUCUUCGCCCUCUUCCUCUUCGGCGCCUUCUACCAGUACAUGGAGGAGCGCCGCCUCCGAUUGAAGCUCCUCUCCGUCGCCAAACCCCCUCCUUACUCCGCCGCCGAGGCUCCUCUCCUCAACAAGCUCGGCGGCCUCCGCUGGGGGCCCUACCAGAUCGCCGGAGCGGUCCUUUUCGGAGUCAAUUCCGCGAUUGGGUACUUCCUGAUGCUGGCGGUGAUGUCGUUCAACGCCGGCGUGCUCAUCGCGGUGGUGGUCGGGCUCGCCGCCGGAUACCUGGCGUUCCGCGGCGGCGAUGAGGAUGUGGUGGUGGUUGACAACCCCUGCGCCUGCGCUUGAUUUGGAUUGAGGUGUGUUGGUAUUGGAAUCGAUUGAGAUCGGAUCGGAUCGGAUCGGCUCUGAUUGAUUUGGUCUUUUUUUGGAUUUCUUUUGUAUUUUGGGAUAGGGUUUCGAGUUUGUAUCCUUUAAUUUAUUGCUAAGUGUUUCUUAAUUCGAAAAAAACUGAAUUUAGUUUGGAUCUGUGUAAUCAUGGAGUAAUUCGUAUGGGGAAAUUGUGUAUGAUUUAUAAGUUUGAUAUUGUUGGACAAAAUGUAUUUUAA